CCAUCCAUCUGUCCGUCCUUUCAUCUAUCUAUCUAUCUAUCUAUCUAUCUAUCUACAGUCACGUCCACAAGUAUUUGGACAGUGACACAAAUUUCACAACAGAUUAAGGAGAUAAAAGGUCUGGAGUUGAUUCCAAGCAUUGAAUUUGCAUUUAGUUGCUGCUCAUGGGAACUCUCAGUAUGCGGUCCAAAGAGGUGUCAAUGCAAGUGAAGGAGGCCGUCAUUAGGCUGAAAAAACAAAACAGACCCAUCAGAGAGACAGCAGAAACUUUAGGAGUGUCAAAUCAACAAUUUGGUACAUUCUUAAAAAGAAGGAAUGCACUGGCGAGCUCAACAACAUCAAAAGGCCUGGAAGACCACGGAAGACAACUGAAGUGGAUGAUUACAGAAUUCUUUCCUUGGUGAAGAAAAAGCCCUUCACAACAUCUAGCCAAGUCAAGAAAUCUCUGGAGGAGGGACGAAGGGAUCAAGAGAUGUCUUCAUGAAUGUAAAUACAGAUGGUUUAACUGAAGAGGCAAACCACUGGUAACAUUCAAGAACAGAAAGUCCAGGUUAGAUUUUGCUAAAAAGCCUCUAAAAAAAGCCUGACCAGUUCUGAUGCAAGAUUAAAUUGUACCAGAAUGAUGAAAAGAGAAAAGUGUAGAGAUGGAAAGGAAGGGCUCAUGAUCCAAAGUGUUAUGUCAUGGGCAUGUAUGUCUGCCAAUGGACCUGGGUCACUGGUGUUUAUUGAUGAUGUGACUGCUGACAGAAGUAGCAGGAUGAAUUCUGAGGUGUGUAGAGCUACUUUCUGCUCAGAUUCAGUCAAAUUCUGCAAAAUGGAUAGGAUGGUGCUUCACAGUACAGAUGGAUAAAGACCCAAAACCGCAAAAACAACCCAAGAGCUUCUUAAGGCAAAGAACUGGAAUGCUCUUAAAUGGCCGAGUCAGUCACCUGACCUCAACCAAACUGAGCUGCUUUUUACUUAUUGAAGACAAAACUGAAGGCAGAAAGACCCACAAACAAGCAGCAACUGAAGAUGGCUGCAGUAAAGGCCUGGCAAAGCAUCUCAAGGGAGGAAAGUCAGCGUUUGGUGAUGUCCAUGGGCUCCAGACUUCAGGGGAGGUGGAGACAAUCGACGCGAGGGAAACGGCUCCCCAAAAGGCCACACGUGACAUGUUCGGCAAUGACACGCAGCUCGCUCAAAAAGAAGGCCUGUCCAUUGCGGUCCCCGGUGAGCUUCGUGGCUAUGAACUGGCACACCGGCGUCAUGGCCGCCUGCCGUGGAGGGAGCUGUUUCAGCCGAGCAUCCAGCUGGCACGUGAAGGCAUCCGUGUCAGCAAAGAUCUCGCUGAAGCCAUGCAGAAAAACAAGGAAGACAUUGAGGCUAAUGAAACGCUGUGUGAAGUAUUUUGUGAUUCCAACAAAACCAUCCUGAGGGAAAACGAUAUUAUCAGAUUUCCACAGCUAGCAGACACCUACGAGAAGAUCGCUGAGGGAGGAGCUGAUGUUUUUUAUAAUGGCUCCAUGGCUGAAACGAUAGUGAAUGACACCCAAACUGCAGGUGGCAUUAUAACACUUGAAGACUUGUUAAGGUAUACACCAUUGUUGAAUGAAAGCCCACUGAAGAUAAAUGUGGGAGAAUACACAAUGCAUUUUCCAGAUGCUCCAUCUAGCGGUCCUGUGCUAGCGCUAAUCCUCAACAUUGUGGAUGGUUAUAAUUUCUCAUCCAGCAGUGUGUCUACUACAGAGAAGAAGACGCGCACUUAUCACCGCAUCAUCGAGGCUUUCCGCUUCGCUUUCGCUAUGAGGAGCAGGCUGGGAGAUCCUCGUUACCUCAACAUCACUGACCUCAUCCACAACAUGACCUCGGACUACUUUGCCAAUAACAUCCGCAGUAAGAUCUCAGAUGACAGCACGCAGCCAGAGAGUUACUAUGAUCCAGAAUACUUUAACCCUGAGAGUUACGGAACGGCUCAUCUGUCCAUCAUCGCUGAGGAUGGGAGCGCCGUGGCUGUGACCAGCAGCAUCAACCUGCCUUUUGGUUCUAAAGUGAUGUCACGUUCCACUGGAAUCAUCUUUAACAAUAUGAUGGACGACUUCAGUUCUCCGCACAUCACAAAUGCAUACAACGUUCCUCCUUCACCUAAUAACUUCAUCCAACCAGGUAAAAGGCCGCUCUCGUCCAUGUGCCCGACCAUCAUCUGCGACAAAAACAACAAAGUUAAAAUGGUUGUGGGAGCUGCAGGUGGGACGAAGAUCACCACGGCAACGGCUCUGGUGAUCCUGAACUCUCUGUUCUUUAACUACGAUGUGAAGAGAGCUGUAGAGGAACCCAGAUUCCACAACCAGCUCAACUCCAACAAAACUGAGGUGGAAGAGAACUUCGAUCAGAGUGUGAAAAAGGGACUAGAACAGAAGAAGCACAACACACCGUUGCAGAAUACCACUUCGUUGGUUCAGGCCGUGGUGAGGCAGGAUGAUCUGAUCUGUGCUGUAUCAGACCAGAGGAAAGGAGGAUAUGCUGUCGGCUACUGAAACAAACUAUAACAAUAAUCAACUUUUAUCUGUACAGCUUUGUUAAAACAAAGAAAUUUACGCAAAUCUGAAUGAAUCACACAGAUCAUUACAAAGCUUUCAAUACACAGAUAAUCUGCCUACAUAUACUGUUUGUAUUUAACUAUUACUAUACUAUGUGAUGGAAGACACAGAUUAAAAGAUGAACUUGUGGAUGCAAAGAUGGAUUGUGUUGCUUCUUCAAUUCAAUGUUUGAUUUAAUUUGUAGCUAAGUCAUCUGUAUCAAUAUCACAGCUCCGUACGUUCCUUCUGAAUGCUGUAUUUUUCAUUUUAGCCCACU